AUGGCCUCAUCGAAAGUCGCACAACAAUACUGGCGGAGCCUGGCCCGGCCCGGACGAGUGGGGGCCGGAGCGCCGUUGCAAGUGUCGGUCCCGACUAAUACCAGUAUCGUGAAGUACCGAAACAGCACGAGCUCAAGUUUGUCGACAGAUGACGGACGUGAAAGGGUGGUCAUUCUCGGCUCAGGGUGGGCAGGGUACGCUUUUGCUCGCGAACUUGAUCCCAAGAAAUACGAGCGCAUCCUCAUCUCACCACGCUCUUACUUUGUCUUCACUCCACUUCUAGCCUCGACGUCGGUCGGUACCCUCGAGUUCCGCUCAACACUUGAACCCGUGCGCAGCCUCAAUCUUGACGCCUUCCACCAAGCAUGGGCGGACGACGUCGACUUCUCCCGCAAGCUCGUUCGCAUCGAAAAAGUCACAUCAGAAGAUCCCACCUCGCGCACCUUGCCGGCAAGACCACACCAGCCCAAGGGCGAGACCAUUGACGUCCCUUACGACAAGCUCGUCAUCUCCGUUGGGGCCUACUCGCAGACCUUUGGUAUCGAGGGUGUGAAAGAGUACGCCAACUUCUUGAGGGAUAUUGGCGAUGCCCGAAGUAUUCGUCUCAAAGUGCUGCAGCUCUUCGAGAAGGCGAGCUGGCCCACCGCGACGGACGAGCAGCGUAGAGACCUCCUCCACUUUGCUGUCGUGGGCGGAGGACCAACGGGCAUUGAGUUCGCCGCCGAGCUACACGACUUGAUUCAUGAUGAUCUGUGCAAGAUCUACCCUCAUCUGAUGGAGUUCGUCUCAAUCACGAUUUACGACAUCGCGCCCAAGGUCCUGCCGAUGUUCGACCAGGAGCUCGCGACAUACGCGACGGAGCAAUUCCGUCGCCAAGGCAUCUCAGUGAAGACGGAGCACCACCUGCAGCGCAUCCGUCCCGAUGACCGCGGCGGUCUGAAGCUCAAGAUCAAGGAGUACGGCGACGAAGAGAUCGGUGCUGGUAUCUGUGUUUGGAGUACUGGGUUGAUGCAGAACCCUCUUAUUCAGACUCUCGUUGCGAAGGAGCUGCGGAACCCCACAGAGGGCGAUGGCGAGAUGUUGCAGAUCAAGAAGGCGGAGCGGAGCGGCGGCAUCAUCACCGACUCACGGCUCCGCGUGCGCCUCAAUGAUCCGGCGAACGAUAAGGCGCUCCUGCCGGAUGUAUACGCCAUGGGAGACUGUUCCAUUCUCGAGAACGAGACUUUGCCGGCUACUGCGCAGGUCGCAAGCCAGCAGGCCAAGUACCUCGCCAAGACCCUGAAUCGUGCCGCAAACAACAAGGAGCCUGCCCCUUUCAGUUUCCGCAACUGGGGAGCCAUGACAUACCUCGGUUCAUGGCGCGCUAUUCACCAGAGUUCUGCCGAUGAGCUCAAGGGCCGUGCCGCAUGGAUUCUAUGGAGAACCGCAUACCUUACCAAGUCCAUGAGUAUCAAGAACAAGGUGCUCGUGCCUUGGUAUUGGUUCAUCACUUGGGUUUUCGGACGGGACAUUUCUCGGUUCUAA